AUGGCAGCUGCAGAGAUGCCAGAGGCGAAGAAAGCCAAGACAGAUCCAUCCGUGAAGUAUCCGGAGCAGGACCUCUCCGAGGUUCUGGGAAAGCAUAUUAUCUACACUUAUGAGAACGGCUGGCAGUACGAGAUCUACUUCAAGAGUGCCGAUAUGAUCCACUACCGCAUCCACAGUGGUCUCGUUGCUGGCCGCUGGGUCACAAACCGUGAGGUCUGCAUGACUGCCCUCGGGAAGGGCCUGGUUCGCAUCAACUGGCAGGAGCCUGUCGGGAACAUUGUCACGAUGGUCACUUCCCUGGAAGACCGCUGGCUCCACUCCUACUUCCUGAUGCCGAAGUGGAUCACGGAGGACCCCAUGGCCACGGUUUGCCACGAGGAUGAGCAUGUGGAGGAGAUGCUCAAGCGACGGGAACAGGGGCCGACAUGGCCAAUGCACAUCGCGGAGAAUGCCUUCGCCACCAUCACGUUCCUGGAAGAUGUCGGGACCGGUCGCGACGACAUCAUCGACUGCCCACCUGACAAGCUCCCUGCGGGCUAUGCCAGUCGCAAGAACUGA